AUGGUAGAGUCAGAUCUAGAUAUUAAUAGCGCCAGCUCAAGCUUUGCAUUUACUGAAGAAGUCAAUCCAGAGCUUUUAGGUCUGGAUCCUCUAGCUGACAAAGAGCAGUAUCAUAAAGAUAAAGUUUGCACUAUUUGCAAAGAUUCCUUCAAUUUACUGAAACACAAAUAUCGUUGUAAAUUCUGCUGAAGAGGAGUGUGUUCAAAAUGUUCUAAUUCCCCCUCCAUGGACGAACAAAACCAUUGGAAAAAUACCUAUUUUUUGACCAAAAACCACCCUCCGUGAGUGAAAAAACAAAAGUUUUUGAUAUUAAAAAUUUUUUAUGGAAAAAAAAAUUUUUGAUAUAUAAGUGAUAAUUAAUAUAAUGAAAUCCCGGGCUAAUUCUGUUUAAUUUUAAACAAAUUACGUUUUAAAAUAUAAAUUUUGCAAAUUAAAUUAAUAUUCGCUUUCCAAUUUUUGCGAAUUGGGAAAUUUUUAAAUUAAUUAAAAAAAUAAUCCCCUACCGUGAGCGAACAAAAUUUUUUUGUUCGCGCAUGAGGGGGGGAGUAAGCAAAAAGCUAUAAACCCAAUACUCGGUGGACCCCAAAGGAUUUGUGACAAAUGCUUUCCUAGUUAUAUAGAAAAGCUUUCAAGAGUUUCAAUGAAAAUGGACGACAUCAAUAGAUCAAGGCAGAACUCUCUUGCAAUAAGUCAAGAAAUAUUAAGUGUUAUUCAAGAAAGAAAUAAAGAACAGAUGACGAAAAAGGUACUAGAACACAAGUAUGAGUUACUUGAAGCAGAAUUAGAAGAUGGACAGAUUAUAUAUGAAGGUAUAGAAUUUAUCGCCAAAGAUAUUGAAGUUAAAAUAAAAGAAAAUGAGGAACUUUUAAAACAAAUUGAAAGACUGGAAAAUGAUAUAAAGCAUUUUUCUCAUUAUAAAAGCUCUAAAAAGCAUGAAAAAUAUAUAGAUCAUGAUAAAAUCAAAGAAAUGAAUGCUAAUAUUGAAAAUACCAGAGAAGCAAAUCAAAGUUUAGAAAAAUGUUUAAAUGAGCUAAAAGAAGAAGCAGAAAAAGUUGUGAAAAAGAAAGAAGAACUUACAGCACUAGCAAUAUUGCUAAAUGAGAAGCGUGAAGAAAGAGCUAAGCUGAAGCAAAAACUUGAAUUGAAAUUUCUGUCUACCCCAAAUAAAUCUUGCUGCGAAUGCAGUAUAAUUUAA